CUCCGCUUCAUAAAUAUUCCAUAUAGAAUUCCACAAAGGAGUAAGGAAACAAUAUGAAGUGAAAACGUAACGUGUAUUGUUUCAUCCUUUUACAUCCAUCUUUCAUCUCUCAGCUCUAUUCACUAUCAAUAUGAGAUUCACUUCCCAAUUUCUGCCUUUGAUGGCUUUACUGAUGGCUUCUACAGUCCUCUCUAAAGAUGGUCCAAAGAUGUCAGCCGGUUCAAUAAAGCAAGGUAGUGAUGAUCAACCAGACUAUCUCUUUUAUGGUGCAAGCUCGAGUGGAGGAGGAGGGUCGAUGGAAAAGAAUGAUGCAACGAUCUCAAAAGCUAUGGGUUGGGGUCAAAAGUUUACCAUUUUGCAAUUCAGUAAAGAUGAACCAGGAUUUACCGAUCCAAAUACGUUUUCAAUUCCAAGUAUUUCUCAAUACGAAGCUAGACAAGGUAUUCCUGCAGGAACAAAUUUUUUCUUAGGUUGCUAUGAUGAUGACUUGUUCAACAAGCAACACGCCUUGAACGUUGCAUGCUCCAAAAAACCAGGUUGUACUACUGCUUACAUGAUAACAAUUCUUUGGGGAACGCUUGGCAAAAUGGAUUUCAAGAAAGAUAGAACACUCUUAGCAUCUUGUGGAAUCGUGAAAGUGGACGGAGGAAGUUCUUGUAACUUUCCUGAUUCUCCUGCUUGCCAAGUUAGCUUAUUCCGGGAUUUGUCCUCUCAACGAUUUUCCGGUCUUUAUUCAUCCGGUGAAGCCCUUCAAGCUGGCGUUGCAAGCUCCACUGAACAAGUUGCAAGCGCUCUUCAAGCUUUUGCUGCAAAGACUAAACAACGUAUCACUUUGCCAUCUGGCUCUCAGACUAGUUGAGCAAAUGAGUCUGCCUUAAAUGAAGG